GUGAAAAUAUAUUUGAAUCACUCAAGAUUCAGCAAAAAACGCUUAUUCUUGCCCCUGAUUUUUUUCGAAGAGUUCGUUCAUUGUGAAUCGAUAGUUCGAAAUCCUCCUUUAAAAGCACCGGACAAAGUCAGAAAACUUGAUUCAAAAAUGUUCGUAACAUCAGCUGCCCGAGUUGCUCCACGUAUUGUCGCUAAUGGCACAAAAGCUUAUCUUAGACCAUUGAGCAGUGCUGUAAUUUCACAAAGCCAAACAUUAGCAGCCCAAAACACAACACCAGUCGCUCUUCUGCCACAAGUCAGGUCAUUCCAGACUUCACAAGCUACUCGUGAUAUCGAUUCUGCUGCCAAGUUCAUUGGUGCUGGUGCCGCUACCGUUGGAGUCGCUGGAUCUGGUGCUGGUAUCGGAACAGUAUUCGGUUCACUUAUCAUCGGUUAUGCCAGAAAUCCAUCACUUAAACAACAAUUGUUCUCAUAUGCCAUCUUGGGUUUCGCCUUGUCUGAAGCUAUGGGACUUUUCUGUCUUAUGAUGGCUUUCUUGCUGUUGUUCGCUUUCUAAAUUUAUUAUGUUAAAAAAACGUCUUCUUCGAUAACCCCACAACAACCUUAUUUGUCGAAAAAAAGUGAAUUAAAAAUGUUUAAUUUUAAGUUUAUAAAGUCCAUCGAACAGCUAUAUAAUACAGGCAAUACAUAGAAAUGAAUGGAAAUCCAAUUAUGGAUCUCUAGACGUUUUGAAAUUAUUGAAUAAUGUAUAAAUUAGGGUGCAUUAAUUAAUUUUUUUUGAUCUUAAAUUGAAGAAUGUUUUAUUGUCCGCAUUUCCAUCAGCCAAUUUAAAGAUCCUUUAUAAUAGUAAGAACCAGUGACAAUGCAAAACAUACAUAGAAAAGAAUACAUUUCCAUCAAUUAAGUAUUUUUAAGGAGAAUCUGAAAAACUAUCAAAGAACUUUCUUGGUGCAUACAGAAAUUUUCAAUCGACAGCCUUUACACCCACUUAUAGCUUCUCUUUGUAAACAAAAAGGGAGGAUUUUACAUAAUUGAAGCAUAUUUGGUUCGUGAAUUGACUGUUCCUGAAACAUUCGUUUGCAUUCUCGGGAAAAAGGUGUUAAUACCAUCAAACUGAAAUUAGAACGAUAAUACAAAAAAUAAAAACAAGUGAUUAGUUACGACACACAA